AACCCCUCCCUCACCCCUUCCCCGAUGCUCAAUCUCCGCCAGCCGCGGUCGCUGCAUCCUCAGCGAGCGGCAAGAGAGAGGCAGCAAGGCGCGGCCGCCAGCAGAGACACCAUGUGACGGGCAUCGCUCACUGACACACAGCUGUGAUUAAAGAGCGACGGCGCGCGGGACGCAGAGGAAUGGCCUGACUUUCCCCGUUAAACCAUCACGAGCCAUGGAUGCGCAAGGGCGGCGCGCCCCCCAGUAGGAGAAUGAGUACGAUUCGAGACCCUCGGCGCCCGAGCGUGUGGAUAAAUCCGCCACGCCAAGCCAAGCCUCCCCGCCCAGCCCUCGCUGACGGAGGCCACCUCUUCCCGGCCGAGGCAGCCAGACCUUGACACAAAGGACAUCACUCGGCCAGGAGAAAGUCCCGGAAGGACGGACACCUUGACGUCUCCUUUUGCCACUUUUCUCCUUACCGCCCGAGAUAUUUAUUGAGGGUCUACUGUGUGCCAGGCACUUUAUCUAUGUGCAUUGAAAACCCUGGAAGGUCAUAUUCCAAUAUAUCUACAGUGGUCAUCUCUGCUUGCUGAGAAAACAGGGGUGUCAAGCUGAUAUUUUUGCUGCUGUCCACUUGUAAAUACACUCAGAACAGGAGAAUUUGGACUAAUUUUUUGACUACAGGUACUUUCCAAUCAUGAUGCAUUUCAAAAGUGGACUCGAAUUAACCGAAUUGCAAAACAUGACAGUGCCCGAAGAUGAUAACAUUAGCAAUGAUUCCAAUGAUUUCACUGAAGUAGAAAAUGGUCAAAUAAAUAGCAAGUUUAUUUCUGAUCGAGAAAGUAGAAGAAGUCUCACUAACAGCCAUUUGGAAAAAAAGAAAUGUGAUGAAUAUAUUCCAGGAACAACCUCCUUAGGCAUGUCUGUUUUUAACCUAAGCAACGCCAUUAUGGGCAGUGGGAUUUUGGGACUCGCCUUCGCCCUGGCAAACACCGGCAUCCUGCUCUUUCUGGUCCUUUUGACUUCAGUGACACUGCUGUCUAUCUAUUCAAUAAACCUUCUGUUGAUCUGUUCAAAGGAAACAGGCUGCAUGGUUUAUGAAAAGCUGGGAGAACAGGUCUUUGGCACCACGGGGAAGCUUGUCAUCUUUGGAGCCACCUCUCUGCAGAACACUGGAGCAAUGCUCAGCUACCUCUUUAUAGUAAAAAAUGAACUACCUUCUGCCAUAAAGUUUCUAAUGGGAGAGGAAGACACAUUUUCAGCCUGGUAUGUGGAUGGCCGCAUUCUGGUGGUGAUAGUUACCUUUGGCAUAAUUCUCCCUUUGUGUCUCUUGAAGAACCUAGGGUAUCUUGGCUAUACUAGUGGAUUUUCCUUGAGCUGUAUGGUUUUUUUCCUAAUAGUGGUUAUCUACAAGAAAUUUCAAAUUCUCUGCAUUGUUCCAGAGCUAAAUUCAACAAGUGCUAAUUUAACAAUAAGUGCUAAUUCAACAAAUACUGGCAUGUGUACGCCAAAAUAUGUUACCUUUAAUUCAAAGACCGUGUAUGCUCUACCAACUAUUGCAUUUGCAUUUGUCUGCCACCCAUCAAUCCUGCCAAUUUACAGUGAGCUUAAAGAUCGAUCACAGAAAAAGAUGCAGAUGGUUUCAAAUAUCUCCUUUUUCUCCAUGUUUGUUAUGUACUUCUUGACUGCUAUUUUUGGCUACUUGACAUUCUAUGAAAAUGUGCAUUCAGACCUCCUUCACAAGUACCAGAGCAAAGACGACAUUCUCAUCCUGACAGUGCGGCUGGCUGUCAUUGUUGCUGUCAUCCUCACAGUGCCAGUGUUAUUUUUCACGGUUCGUUCAUCUUUAUUUGAACUGGCUAAGAAAACAAAGUUUAAUUUAUUUCGUCAUGUCUUGGUGACCUUCAUACUCUUGGUUGUUAUCAACUUGUUGGUGAUCUUCAUACCCUCCAUGAAAGAUAUUUUUGGAGUCGUAGGAGUUACAUCUGCUAAUAUGCUUAUUUUCAUUCUUCCUUCAUCUCUUUAUUUAAAAAUCACAAGCCAGGAUGGAGAUAAAAGAACUCAAAGAAUUUGGGCUGCCCUUUUCUUGGGUCUGGGGGUGUUGUUUUCCCUGGUCAGCAUUCCGUUGGUCAUCUACGACUGGGCCUACUCAUCGAGUAGUGACGAAGACCACUGAGACCAGCUGAGAAGAAGAAACAUUCCUGUCUGCUGCUCAGUCCAGUCACCACAUGUCAGGAACCCCUCAUCACUUCUUUUGCAGGUUUACAGAAGCAGACAGCAAUUUACAAGAUACACAGUGGAAUAACACUUUGGUAGGAAAACAGAGACCUGUUUCUAUAACAGUUCCUGUCCCUCAGAUUUGGGAUCCAUUUAAAGAUUGUGGAUUUUUUUUUUUUUUUUUUCAAAUUUCAUGCAAUCGUAUUUUCCAGUCCUUCUCACAAUCAGUUCUUUUUCACUCUCCUGACUCUAUUUUUUGUGACUUCAUGGUCUCUUAGAACUUUGAAAACAUGAUCAUCAAUCAUGUUUAUUUAUUAUACAUCCAGAUUCGGAAAUAAUUUUCCUACUGAUGUUCAGCUCACACUAUCUGUACCUUUUUAGAAGAGAAAAGAAUCUUGAAUUGUAUAUAUUUAUUUUGCUUUACAGAAAAAAAUGGUUUCGUAAAUAAUUUGCCUAUUUUGGUUAACAUAGCACACAGGGAUAAUCAUAUGAGAGUCACAGAGCACGUGCCAUUCUGGAUCAGAGUGUGCCCAACAUUUGAGGAGGCUCUGAUCACCUGGCAGCGGAGCUCCUACCAUCCAGUGGCCUCACUGGUACCACAUCCCGCUCUACGCAGAGACAUUCUCCGGCGAAUGUUCUCAGCUGGGAAAGGGGUGGGAUGAUUCUUACCUUGGUAAAUAUACUAAACUACACAUUUGGGUAAUCUAGCAAAUGAAAUUUUGUUUCCCUCUUGGCAACUCGUGUCAAAGUUACUCAAAUCUGAGUCAGCUUCUACUGGGGGAGACCUAUGACACCUUUGUAAUACAUUGAGAAGCAAGAGCACUGCAAAAAUGUUGUCCAGAAUGCGUAAGCCAAUAUUCCUCUGAUGCAGAUCGCCUUCAACCCUACACCAGUAUUGUUGAAGGGGGAAAAGCAUUUUAUCAAAUUAUAAAUUCAGUAGCUUUUACUCACGUCCACCAGCUUCUUGCACAGAGAAUAAUGUGUAUCUAACCAAGGAUGAUCUAGGAUAAGUAAUUCCUGUUUUAUAUUGGGUACUUUAGGGGAGUCUUUAAAAGACUUGUUUUAUAUCUAUAAAUUUAGGUUAUUACAAAUACAAGAUUUUUGUACCUGAAAUAAGCCUCAUUCCUAUUUCUUCUCCAUUAACAAUCAGUCCACAGUCUUGGGGAAAAAAAAGGAAAAAGAAAAAGAACCCUCAGAGAUGGUCUUUGAGAAGAACUUGUGAUGAAAUCACUGUGUACUUUCCUUCCCCUAGAUGGGGACUUUGGUGCCUGUACUGUUUCCUCUUCUUGUCCCUAACCCAAGUGUUGGCCAUUAUUGCCUGCCUGGCGUGACCCACAAGGGAGGACAGAGCUGCCUCGAAGCCCCUCUCCUAAAGGGGGCUCAAGGAAAGCAUAGAGAGACUGAAAAAGAAGCGAGUUAGGGACCAGGUAGCUCGGAAAGGAAUGGUGGACAGUAAGAAAUCGAGAACUGCGUCCUCCCUAAGCUAGGCCAUCACCUGUGAUUGGAUUGUCCAUAUCACACAGUAAGAAAUGUGUGUGCUCCAUGAGCUGGUCUCUUGAAACAGGACUUGUGUUUUAUCUGUAUUCUGGUUGAAUUUCUCAAACACGUAAGUUCACUGAGCACAGAUUUCUUAUCCAAAGAUAAGUAAAAUCUGACCGCAGACUCUUGGCAGAGUUUCCAGGCACGUAGCUCUGGGUUCUGUUCCUCCCCCAUUCCAAUCCCCAAAGGCCUCCACACUCACUGGGAGUCACAGAGAACUGUCCCCUCCACUUUACAGACUGAUGUCCCAUAGAAAAGGCAUGCAUCGGAGCGCCUUGUCGUGAUCCUUUUGGGGGAGAAGGAAAGGUUAUUUCCUGCAUUUCUUGGUAAGAUCAUCAUAGCUUUUAAUGUGAUGCUCCAGAAUUGCAUCCAUAUCAGGUCGGAGUUCAGGUAUUUAGAUAUGAAUCCCUACCUAUACGUGAAUCCCUAAUCUAGUAUCAUCCAUAGCCAUCUCUGUCCUUUUCGGCAGUGUCUUCCAUAUUAGAUGAGCAGGGACAGAAACUGAGCAAAACAAGUUGGUUGGCCCUCAGAGGCUUGUCUAGAGCACCGAGUAAUGAAAUAGCCAGGUAGUCGGAUGACCCUCCAUUAAAAAAAUUAUAUAAAUUUACUUAGCAAGCUAUAUUAUGCUACUUUCUAUUUUCCUCAUUAAUUUAUAACAAUCCAUUUUACACUCACAAGGUCAAUUUAGAAAAUUGUCAUUAACUCUUGGGAAGUGUAGUGAUAUUUUUGGAUCUUUAGAUUUUAUGUAUCAGUACAAUGAGUUUUUAUUAUUUAAAAUCUGUUUAGAGGAGGCACAUUGUUGUUGAUGUCUGUGAUACCACAGGUUUUUAAAAUCUUCUUUGUAUGUUUACCUAAGUUUAUCAUUGACUGAAUACAAAAGACCCUACGGUAAUUUGUCAAGUAUCACUGAUUAAUUACAUCCUUUGUGUGGGAUUAGCUGUAAAGUGUACUGCUCUUAUUCUUGUUCAGAAUAGUGAACUGGUAGCCAAAAAUACAUGUAUCGCAGAUAUUAGGUAGAAUUUAAACAACACAGUCAAGUGCUAUAGAAGUUUUUCUGCUAAAUUAGUAGAUUAAAGACUGUUAUUAGACUUUAGCCAUUGGGAGCAGCACGUUUUCCUUUGGUAGAUAGGAUCUCAACACUAGUCAACAGUGCCGGGUUCAGACUUGGGUUUUAGAACUGUUCCCUAGUUAUCAUAACACAGAAUACCAUAAAUCCCAAAUUUCCUUAAUGUUGCUUAUUGGAAGUGGGGGCAGUAAAGUGUGCAUAGGAAAGAAAUCUAGUCUUGUGAAGCACGGGCGUCCCCAAUUUAUAAGUAGAUCGUACUGCAAAAUUCUGUCAGUUGGUUGUUUGCAACCUGGAAUGUAUUUUCCUUUAGAAACCAGGUUAUACAUGGUGGUUAGGCUCCCAGACCAGCUAGAAAAGAUUAUCAAACCUAUAGUUUAGCUGAAAUAGGAUAACAUGACAAGAUUGCUAAAGAAGCUAACCACUAAAUAUAAUGUUGUUUCUAGGGGAUAUUUGUCCAGAGUUGCCAAGAAUAUGUCACUUUUGUUGUAGAAUCUGGACUGCCCCCCCAGCCACACAGCAUGUGCUAGACAGUGGGGGUAGGGUCGCCAGUUAAGAGGUGACCAGAGUAGCCUGAAGCAGGCUCUCCAGUAAAGGAGGGGAAGAAUAAGUUCAGGGCCAGCACAGAACCCAGUGGUGGAAGGAGGGUGAGGGAGGAGGAGGGGGCCUCUUGUGGAUUGUAAACCACCAGGGACAUUCCUCAGCUGGUACCUUUUCUUUUCUCUGGAAGUCUCAGGCUUGGCCUGCCUGCUUCUAUUUGUAGGACCUUUUGAUCCUAUACGUUUAUCUCCUUCCCUGCCUGCUCCAGAGGAGGAUGUGGCUGCGUAGCUUCUCCCAUAUGCCAGUCAGUGAAGCCGGCACGCAGCACUUUUAAUGAGUUUCGUGCUAGUAAACUUUGGUUUAACUGCCCAGUCAUCAGAUGGGGGUAACGAAGCUCUCUGCUCACUUUCCUUUUUCACGUUUGCAGACGCUGUUGAGAAAGCGCACAUGGGCGAUGGUCAUGGGGCUUGGGGUGGACAAAGGACUGUGGUAAGAUUGCUCAGUAUCUCAGAGGACACCUCAGUUACCCCAGCACUGUCUUUUUCCUGGUGUAGGACUCAAGCCUCUAAGCCAGUGGUUCUCGAAGUGUGGUCCCCACACCAGCAGCAUCAGCAGCAUCUGGGAACUUGUUGGAAUGCAGAUUCUCAGGGCCCCCCCAGAUCUAGUGAAAUCAGAAACUCUCAGGGUGGGGGCCCAGCAAACUGUGUUUUAACAAGCCCUUCAGGUGGUCUUAGCACAUCAAGUUUGAGAAGAACUCGCAGCCAAUCAGUCUCUCCUUAGCCCCCCAUCCCAUCCCCCACCCCCACCCCCGUUAGUCCUACCUCAGAGGAUGGUUCCCAGGACUCGUGAGGCAAGAAAUGGGAACGAGGAACUGGGAAGGGGAGGAAAGGGGCUUGGCAGUGGGGUCUCCUCUCUGCUGGAAAUGCUGAUCCAGCUGCACAAUUGCACACAAAGGCUGCCUGCGCUCAGGCGUAACUUUGGGCUGAGACACGAAAAGAUUGCAUUUUUUAAAACAGAAGAAAUGAAAGUGAGGGGGGGGUUUCUGUUUGGUUUUUUGAGGGGAAUUAAAAGGAAAUACCCUUUGUAAGUGCAACCUUGGAGGAAAUACUGAAUUCAUGUCAGGAGUCAGUUCUCCAGAAUGUUUGUGGUCACUGCGUGUUGAUCAAUCCUGUCCUCCCUUUAAAGUUAAUUCUCUGCUGAGCGGUUUGCACGCUUAAGGAGCUGCAAACUGCUCCGAAAAGAAUGGAGAGCUCGGUUCCAUUUCAGUACAUCAGAAUGCUGGUGCUGGAUGGCACAUUCUUUAGUUGGGGUGGAACAGCACAUUUAGUUGGAGUGGGGAGGAGAUCGGUGAUAUGAUCAAAUUUGAUUUUAUGUCUUAGAGUAAAAGCUAUUAGUUUCCCUUAGUUUAUCAGUGUAAAUGGCUUGAGGUUUAGAAAGGGUGUAAACAUUAAGAAUAUAAUUCCUCCAUUCCAGUUCACAGGAAACUUCUAGCCACUUCCAAAAUACAGACUAUAUCAUUUAGCAAUGCUAAUAAAUAGUUUUCCUGCAGGAUGGCAGAUCUGAGAAUCUUUUAACAGAACAUACUUCCUCUAAAAUUCACACAGUGAAUUAUUUAUAAUGAUAUAAAGCUUUAGGUACAAAUUGGGGGUGGGGUGGCUAACAACUGAAAAAUAUCACUAAAUCUAAAAGGAAAAGUUCUCGAAAAACAUAAAAUUCACAAAGCUCAGACAUUCUCCUUCAGGGUUUUCUUGGAGGAAGGGCUGUGGAACUGGGCCCAUCUGUACAGGCUUGAAUUUGUGUUUUUAAAAGGAAGAAUCUAUGCAGCUGAGGCUUAUUGUAGGAAAUACUUCAUUUGUAUGUAAAUAUAUUGUAAAUAAAUAGGAGGCUGUAUAUUUUUGCAGUUGUUUAUCCACACUGAAAUAGAAGUCUCUAGUAUCUGCAUAUCAAGAAUAAAUGUUUUCAUAGAUAUUAGUGGUUUUGUUUGGGAAUUAGAAAUAUUUACAUUCUCUCCCAGGUAACAUAGUUCUCUCGAUGUAAACUUCGAACCUAAAAAUCUUAAUUGUUUAGAAAGAGAAAUGUCUGAGAUAUAGUUGCAUUGAUUUCUUAUACUGGUAGUAAGAUCAAUUAUUUAAAAGAUAGUCCUCUGAGCUACAAAUAAGGAAUAUUUAGAUCCAAAUUAUUGUCAUAUAGAAAUAGCUAUACCCAAAUGACAAAUUGUUUCUUUAUAAUGCUCUUUCAUUAUUAACACUGAUACCACUCACAGUAUUUAUGAAAACAGAAGUUGGGGAGGAGAAUGGAUUUUUUUUUUUUCAAAAUUGAAUUGCUGCAUUUCCCAAACUUUGGGAUCUUUGAAAGAGGGAAAAAACCUGAAUAUUAACUAUGAGCACAAAUUUGAGGGGGAAAAAGAACUGUUAUUUUAUCAAGCUUCUGAAAAUCUUGCGUGUUUGCCUUUUAUUUUUGGUGUUGACGCCAACAUAGACUGUCUUAAGUAAUUUUUCCCCAAACACUUGAUUCUGGAAAAUCCCUAGAGUCCAGUGUGUCUUAGAUUUCAUCUGAGUCCAGUAUGUGUAUCACACCACUGUUUUAUUCAUGUAAAAACCUUGUAAAUGAAUUUCAGAUGGGUGAUUUAUGUGAGUCACAAGUCACCAAACUUUGCUAUUCAUAGUUAAUCAAAUGGGGUUUUUUUCGGGAUGUGAUGUAAAUAUAGAAAUGUAAGAAGUUCUGUUCUAUAACAGCUCUGUUAACAUAGUUUUUAAACAUUAAAAAUGUGAACUAAGUAUUUAUGAA